AUGAAUACUUUAAAAAGCUAUAUGAAUUUGAUUUUUCUUAAAGCUAAUCACUAUUUUCAAUUUUAUUAUUCGUUUUCAAUGUAUGUAAAAAUAAAAAAAAAAAUUAUCUUUGAAAUAGAAAAAGAGACGUACUUUAUAUUAGAAAGAUAUUACAAUACUAGUUGUAAUAGUUUUUUCUGUAUGCUAAUUUUUAUAAGUGGCUUUUCAUCUUUUUUAUUGUGUUCAUUAAGUGAUCCUGGAAAAAUAUCCAGUAAAUACUUAGAUAAACAUUUAAAAUUUUAUCCAUAUGAUGGAAUUAUUUUUCAUAAAGACUCAGAAUGUGAAACUUGCAAAAUUAAAAAGCCUGCAAGAAGUAAGCAUUGUAAAUAUUGUUCUUCAUGUAUAUCCCGUUAUGAUCAUCAUUGUUUUUUGUUAAAUAAUUGUAUUGGUGGAUAUAAUAAUGUUUAUUUUAUUAUUUUUAUAUGUGUAAACAUUAUUAUAACUUUUUAUUCUUCUUAUAUUAGUCUAUAUAGUGUAAUCAAAUAUGAGAAUCUUUUAGAAGCAACCUUUAUAAAUCAUAAGACAAAUGAAAUUUUACCAAAUUCUUAUUUAACAAUUGUCAAUUAUUUAUUUUCUGAAUAUAGUGCCACAUUCUCCUUAUUCAUUAUAUCUAUAUCUACAUUUUUUUGUAUACUACUAUUUUUUUUACAUGAAAUAUAUUUGAAUUUUUAUGUUAAUAUGACAAAUAAUGAAAAAGCAAAGUAUAACAAAUUAAAAAAUAGCAAUCUUCAUAGGAAUAAAAAUUUUUACAGUUUUAUAAGAAAUGUGAAUGAUGCUCUGUUUUAUAAAAAAAAUAUAGAAAAUUUUCCUAAAAAAUUUUCUUAA